UAUUAUGAAACCACAUGACUGCCGUAAAUCAAAAUCCCCAUUGUAAUUCGAAACAAAUUGAACUUCCUUGAUCCGUGUAAAACCCUAAAAACGCACAAAAUUUUAGUACAACGUUCUUCCCUUUUCCCUGUUAAUAGAAACAUAAAAAAGAAAGGUAUUUUUUUCCAACAGAUUGAAUGCAAAGCAACCGAUGGGAGAAGAAAACAAGAAGAUUAGGAAAGAAGAGGUAAUUGCAAAGCUCAAGGACGAUGGUGACUUCGACAAGCUCCGUCUCAAAAUCAUCCGCAAGCUCAAGGACAACGAAGAAUUACGCAACAACAUCAUUUCAGCUGUGAAGCAGUCGGCAGCACUUAACCGUCCUGGCGCUGAAAACAUGAAAGUAAGGCAACUAUCAGAUGCCAUUCAUGAUGAGGUUGGGAACAAAGUGAUGGGCCAGAUUUCAGAUAGUCUCUGGGAAAUAAUAAGAUCGGAAGGUAGCAUGAGAACUGAAAUUACAGAAACGGUACAAUCUGUUUACGAUAAAUUAGCUAAUCCUCAAGGGAAAGAAAAAGGUGAAUCAUCUGUCCGUGAAAUGGUACAUGUUGAAAAGGAAUCUGAGAGUAAUGGUACCAUUAAGGCCACAGCUAGAAGAGUCGAUGAGACAUUAUCUGAUGGUGAUCCACAAGAACCACCAGGUUUCUCUAUGUCAAAUAAUCGUCACAGCAACCACUGUCAGCAAUCUCACAAGGCUAAACAGCAGCUUCCUAGGCCUUAUGAUGGAGCUUUGAAGAACUGUAAGGAAGAGCCCAGUCACUCACAGGAGGGGCAGGAACAAGAUGAUGUUGAUGUUUGUGUGCCACCUGGCUUUUCUGUAGAUAUUGAUCAGAAGCAUCCGUGUGAUGUCAGUGAUGAUGACCCUGAUGUGCCUCCUGGAUUUGGUUGAUGAGAGUAAACUUGCAAGUUGUUUCCCACAGCCAUCGUGAUGUAAAUGUUGCACUAUAAAUGGAUCAGUCGUGAACUACUGAGACGGUAUACCUUUUUCUCUGCUCUAAUGGCCUCUCCUUUCUGUUUUCAGUCGGGGUGGGAACCUUUUAUCUGCUAAUUGUGAUAACCCGAUUCCCUAUUCCUUUUUGAUAAUUUUUUCUAUGCUAGCAUUCUUGAGAAUCAGCAAGGGGUUACUAAUAUUGUAAGAGGCUGUUUUACAAAAAUAACCAUUCUUAUUGUCAUCUGUUGGUUUUCACUAGUUCCUAAUCUCUGUUGCUUUAUUUCAUUGUUACUAAUAACUGGUUUAUUGGAGCUUUUGAAAAUGCACAAGGUAUGGAUGUGAAAAUUGAAACUGUAUGUACCUCUUAUUUGAACGACUUUCUAGAUUUUGUAUCGACUCUGUAUCUUCCCUUUUUUGGAGAAAUUUACCUUAAUUCCAGCAGCAAACAGGCUGAUUUUCCAA